GUGAGUGGUUAUGCGUCGAUGCCGAUCUCGCCAUAUCCCGGUCAGCAGCCAACUCAACAACAACAAGCGCAGAUGUUUGCCGCAUCAUCCGGAAUGAUACAUCAUGGCUUGUUGAAUCCAUCAGCGGCCAUCUAUAAAGGUGCCGGAGGAGGUCCGGACGUUCAUAGUCAAACGAGUAGUAACGAUGGUUCGAGUGGAAGCGAUCGGCAACAGAAUAUGCGAGUCGGUCGUGCUGUUCUGCCGCCUGCGCCAGUGCCAUCGCUGUCGACACUCUCCCAGCACAUUCAAGUGUCGAGCAGUGUUACCGGUGGCGGAGGAUCGUCCUCUUUGGCUGCCGGUCCGUCCUCGCUGAAUCAGCCGAAUCGUCUCGAUGAGUUACCGCAAGAUUUGGCAUCUAGUCGACAGAGUUUUCGUAUUGCUAUGAGUCAACCGUUCGAAUUUUUCGUUGAUAACUUAUAA